AUGGACAGUUUCACCACUUUACUUUUGCUGGGUUUAGUGAUAGCUCUGUUAAUGUUACUCAGAUGGAGGAAUAAGCCACUUAAUUGUCCUCCAGGGCCUAAGCCUUUGCCUCUACUUGGAAAUCUUCUCACCAUGGACACCCGUGCACCUUUUAAAACCUUUUUAAAGUGGAGUAAGACUUAUGGUCCUGUGAUGACGGUGCAUUUGGGACCCAAGAAAGCCGUUGUCCUGGUGGGUUAUGACACAGUGAAAGAAGCCCUUGUUGACAAUGCGGAAGAUUUCGUUGACAGAGCAACAAUUCCUUUCCUGUACACAGUUGUGAAAGGCUAUGGCUUUGCUAUCAGUAAUGGAGAGCGUUGGCGUCAGCUCAGGAGAUUCACACUCUCUACACUGAGAGACUUUGGAAUGGGACGCAAGAGGAUGGAGGGGUGGAUACAGGAAGAGAGCAGACACUUGCUGGACACCAUCAACAACACAAAUUCUGCUCCAUUUGAGCCCACGUUCUACCUGAGCAGAGCUGUGUCCAACAUUAUCUGUGCUCUGGUGUUUAGCCAACGCUUCAAUUAUGAAGAUGUCAACUUCCUGCAUUUUCUCCAGAUCAUCAAUGCAAUACUGAAGUUUCUCAGCAGCCCAUGGGGACAGUUCUAUAAUGUCUUUCCAUGGCUGGUUGAGCGACUUCCUGGGAAGCAUCUCAGCAUUAUGAAAGAUGUGGAUGAACUCAAGGGCUUUUGUAGAGGCAAAAUACAACAGCAUGAGAACAGUUUGGACCCCAACAACCCACGAGACUUUAUCGACUGCUUCCUCGUCCAACUUAAACAGGAAAAGGACAAUCCCAGUACAGAGUUUCACUAUGAAAAUUUGGUAGCCACUGUCUUAAACUUAUUCCUGGCUGGGACUGAGACCACUAGCACUACUAUCAGAUAUGCUCUGAUGUUACUGAUCAAGCACCCUGAAAUACAGACUUGCAUGCAGAAAGAGAUUGACACUGUGAUUGGACAAGAGAGAAGCCCUUCAGUAGAAGACAGGAAGUCCCUCCCAUUUACGGAUGCAGUAAUCCAUGAAGUGCAACGAUAUAUUGAUCUCGUGCCACUCAAUGUUCCUCAUUGUGCCACACGUGAAAUUACAUUCAGAGGCUACACAAUUCCAAAGGACACAAUAAUCUUCCCCUUGCUUUACUCUGUUCUGAGGGAUGACAAACAAUGGGAGAAUCCCUGGACAUUUGACCCAAAACACUUUUUGGACACAAAUGGCAACUUUAAAAAGAACCCUGCUUUCAUGCCCUUUUCUGCAGGUAAAAGGUCCUGUGUGGGUGAGUCUCUGGCACGCAUGGAGCUGUUUAUUUUCCUGGUGUCUCUGCUGCAACGUUUCACCUUUACCACACCUGGAGGACCUGAGAGCAUUGACACCACUCCUGAAAUCAGUGGCUUUGCCAACCUGCCCUGCAGAUACGAGCUCAUUGCCACCCCCCGCUGA